AUGAAGACCGCACCCGCAGCCCUUUUCGCCCUCGCCUGGACCACCGUCCAUGGACGGCCGGUGUCAGAUCCCGAAAUUGAGAUUCGUGAUAUUGUCAACAAUAAUCAGACAGCCGUCGAAUCAAACAUGGCGACGCAGAACCUCAACCCAUUCCUCGGCGAGGACCUGGACUCCACGGCAAACUCCAACCCUAAGCCCAAGAACCAGAUAUAUCCCAAGAGAUCAGAGAAAGAUGCGCCAUACUCGUUGUCCGAGGAAGAGCUCCGCAGCAAGAUCUACAUCCCAAAGACAUUUUCAGCUACAUCCAACAAGCAGCCCGUGAUUCUCAUUCCCGGCACCGCGGCGAUGGCCGGGUCGACCUUCCGCGCCAACCUCGGACCCCUUCUUACCAAGUCCGACUUCGCGGAUCCUCUCUGGGUCAACAUCCCCCAGGCCUCGCUGGGUGACGCGCAGGUGAACUCGGAGUACGUCGCUUACGCCAUGAACUACGUCCAAGACAUGACCGGGAAGAAGGCCGCGGUGGCUGCCUGGAGUCAGGGAAACCUCAACGCGCAAUGGGCUCUGAAGUACUGGCCCAGCACCAGAGAUGCGGUGACCGAUCUCGUGUCCUUUUCUCCCGAUUUCCACGGAACUACUGAGGCAUUCCUGGCCUGUAAUACGGCUGCUGCGGUCAUCGGAUGUACUCCUUCUGUGUAUCAACAAAAGUACGACUCGAAAUUCGUCACAACCCUGCGCGCGAACGGGGGUGAUAGUGCAUAUGUCCCAACCACAUCCAUCUUCAGCGCCACCGACGAGAUCGUCCAACCCCAGUCCGGACCCAAGGCCUCCGCCAUCCUGAAAGACGGCAACGGCGUCCAAACCACCAACGUCGAGGUCCAGCAGGCGUGCCCUGGGACACCGGCCGGUACACAGGUCACCCACGAAGGCAUGCUGUACAACUCGCUGGCCUUCGCGCUCAUGAGGGACGCGCUGACCAACGAGGGUCCGGCGAAGCUCGAGAGAAUCGAUAAGAGCGUAUGCAAAGACCCCGCCGCGGGCAAGAUGGACAAGGCGGAGAUUUCUGCCACGGAGGCGGUGCUCGGCGAGGCCGGGGCGAACGUCUUGAAGUAUAAGAAGAAGGUCACGCAGGAGCCCGCGAUCAAAUCAUAUGCCUAG